AUGCCCAAACAUAAUAAUCUUACGACGGAUGAGACAACACAAAACUCGAGAACUACUUUUACUCGGGCACCACCCCAUCAAAGAAACAAAUCUUCUGUUUGGAACCACUUCACUCCUGAUCCAGAUUUGAUUGGAAUAGCUAGAUGCAACUACUGUGACUCUAAGUUAAAGUCCAAUAGUGGAACGACUUCCAUGGCCGGACAUUCAAAGAUAUACAAGAGUAACCCAAAUAGUGAAGCAAAUAAGAGAUUGAAAACAACCCCAUCAUCAACAACAAAUGUGACUUCUCCUUCAACAAUUGUGUUAGGAAAAUUUGACCAAGAGAAAUGUAGGCAGGCAAUGGUUGAUAUGAUUGUGGAAAUAGAGCUUCCAUAUAUGCAUGCAGAUCAUAAAGCUUUUCGUCGUUGUAUGAGUGUAUUGCAACCAAGAUUUAUUCCAAUCUCCCGAAGCACAGUAGCACGUGAUGUUUUGGCUUUAUGGGAUUUUGAAAGGGAAAAAUUGAAGACCUUUCUUUCCCAACAUUGUCGAAGCGUGUGCUUGACCACAUAUGGUUGGACUUCAUGUCAAAACAUGACUUACACGUGCAUAACAACACAUUUUAUAGACAACAACUGGAAUUUACACAAAAAGAUUUUGAGUUUUGUUAGGGUCUUAAGUCAUUCAGGAGAAGUAAUAGCAAAUACAGUUGCAAAAUGCUUGGACAAUUGGGGGUUGAAUAAUGUUUUAAGUGUGACUGUUGAUAAUGCGGCAUCAAAUGAUCGUGGGAUUGAAAAUCUAAAAAAAGGCUAA